AAAUAUUUUUUAACAAAAUCCCAUCUUUGUUCCUUGGUCAUCCCCAUCGCGGCUUCUCUCGCAAAAUCCCUAAUCAUGCCUCUAAAUAAGCGAAAGAUGACGACGAAGAUGGAAACUGAACCGGCUCCGAGAAACAAGAAAUCCAGAGCGACAAAAACAACAAAGGAAGAGGUUCAGUACGUGGAGGAGAAACGUAAUCUGGAAGAUUUGUGGAAGGUUGCAUUUCCCGUGGGAAUUGAGUGGGACAAAUUUGAUGCACUUUACGAAUUCAACUGGGAUUUCAAAAUUCUUGAAGAAGGAUUGCUCCUUGGGAAGAAAUUCUUUGUUUUUGUUUCUGCCGAACCUCAAUUAGUCUCCUACAAAGAUACAAGGAAGAUUAGAGAUAUCCCAACAGUGAUUGCUAUUGAAUCUGUCUUUCCACCUUCUGAUAAGAUAGGAGCAGUAUCUAUUCAAAGUGCAAUGGAGGAAAGCUUUCCAAUGAAGCAGAUGAAAAUGGACUGGAUUCCUUACAUUCCUAUUGAGAAAAGAGAUAGACAAGUUGACAGGAUGUACUUUCAAAUUUUUAUCUUGGGCUGUAAACAAAGGAGAUCUGCUCUCAGACAGUUGAAGGAAGAACGUGCUAGGAUGUUCGAGUAUUGCAUUCCCUAUUUCUAUCAACCAAUUGAGGAAAAUGAACUUGAAGAGAGUACCGUAGUCUACAUGAUUUUCCCCACUGAACCGCCGCUGCCAUGUGAAUUUGACUGGGAGCUUGAUGAACUUGAGGAAUUUGUUGAUGGUCAGAUUGAGAAUGAAAAAUUAUGCGCGGAACAAAGGGAUGAAUUCAAAGAAUUUGUGAAAGAGCAGGUUCGAGCGGCCAAGAAAGCUAACCGAGAGGCAAAAGAUGCUCGAAAGAAAGCGAAAGAAUUGGACGUAGAUACACAGCGAGCCUUUCAAAGCAUGAGGUUCUACAAAUUCUACCCUCAGCCUUCACCAGAUGUCCCUACAUUCGAGAAGUCGCCGUUCAUUAACAGAUUCUACGGGAAGACUCAUAAAGUCCUUUGAAGAAUAGGAGCGCGUGACUAUUAUCUCUUGCAGGGGCGGAGGCAGUGUGUGUUAGCAUGUGGUCAAUUGACCCCUAUGGAUUUACAACAACAACGAAAAAAAAUACUGUAUUUUUAGAAGAAAAAUCAGAAAAAAAAAAUCAUGAAAAUAUGCAU